UUUCCUCAAUGUAACUGCUGUCUACUGACUAACCCAGAAAUCUAGAGGAUGAGAAACGAAAGGAACACGUUUGACGCACGGUUCAUAAAUGAAUAUGAGCAGUGAAUGACACAUACUCUGCGGCUCGGAUCCAGUUGUGCGCGCGCAAUGGGAGCGUCGCGCGUGCGGGCGGCAGUUUGAUAAAACAGUCACUUCUCAAAAGUUUUUUUUUUUAAGUUGGCGGCUGAAGACGAUUCAAGAUGAAGAAACAGUUUGACCGCAUGAAACAGCUCGCCAACCAGACCGUUGGCAGAGCAGAGAAGACAGAAGUACUGAGUGAUGACCUUCUUAUGAUUGAGCGGCGCCUUGAAAAUAUGCGACUGGUCUCUCAUAAUGCGCACAAGAGGAUGGUCGUGUGUCUGCAGGGUAACGUGGGCUCAGAUGUGGAGAAGAGACAUAAAAAGCUUCCUCUCACAGCUCUUUCACAAUCCAUGCUGGAUGGAGGAAGUCAGCUCGGAGAUGAGUCCCUCAUCGGGAAGAUGAUGGAAGUGUGUGGAGAAGCUGAAAGCAAACUGGCCUUUGAGCAGAGCCAACAUGAAGUUCAGCUGGAGAGAGAGAUUCUAGAGCCUAUCAACCAGCUGGCAGAGGUGGAUAUUCCUAACAUUUUGAAGCAGAGGAAACAUUUAGCCAAGCUUGUGUUGGAUUUUGAUUCUGCAAAAGCCAGGUAUCAGCAGGCCACAAAGGCGUAUCCAUCCGCUGCAAAUGCUCAAGCAAUGGCUGCCAAAGUUGACACACUUAAAGAGGAGAUGGAUGAAGCUCAGAACAAAAUGGAAAUAUGCAAGGAUCAACUGGCAGCAGACAUGUACAGCUUUUCCUCCAAGGAAGGAGAAUAUGCUCGCUAUUAUGUGUUGUUGUUAGAAGCUCAAGCUGAAUACCACAGAAGAGCUUUGGCAUCCAUCGAGAGUGUCCUGCCCAGCAUACAGUCCCAGCAAGAUAAAUGGACAGAGAAGCCAGCAUUUGGCACGGCUCUGGAAGAACAUCUGAAACGCACUAGCAGAGAGAUCGCUCUGCCCUUAGAGGCCUGCAUUAUGAUGCUACUGGAAACCGGCAUGCAGGAAGAGGGUUUGUUCCGUAUCGCUGCUGGAGCCUCUAAACUGAAGAAGUUAAAGGCGGCGCUGGACUGUUCCACUUCCCAACUGGAGGAGUUUUACUCUGACCCUCAUGCUGUAGCCGGAGCCCUCAAAUCUUACCUGAGGGAGCUGCCUGAACCUCUGAUGACCUACCAGCUGUACGAAGAGUGGAUCCAAGCCUCAAAUAUCUCUGACCCUGAUAAGAGGCUUCAGGCACUGUGGGUGGUAUGUGACAUGUUACCAAAGGCCAACAAGUCCAACUUUAGGUACCUGGUGAAGUUUCUUGCCAAGCUUGCUCUGGGAAGUGAUGUAAAUAAGAUGACGGCAAGCAACAUCGCCAUCGUACUGGGACCCAAUUUACUGUGGGCCAGGACAGAGGGAAGCCUGGCUGAGAUGGCAGCUACUACCUCCAUCCAUGUGGUGUCUAUAAUAGAACUGAUAAUCAACCAUGCAAGCUGGUUCUUCCCUGAAGACGAGGACUUCAAUGUUUCAGGCAUGUUUGCUAUGCCUGGGUGCCCCGGGACCCCUGACUCAGAAGCUGGAACCAUAGACAGGAGGCGCCCAGGCAGCCAGGGGUCGCUCGAAUCUGACACACCCCGCAAAGACAGCCCUGCUAACAAACAGCCGGAAAUCGCCCCUCGUAGACCUGGCACAUUAACCAAAAAGCAGCACUCCUUGCCUAACUUCCAGCCCUCUCUCCCUCCCAUUGACGUGUUUGAGCCCUUCCCCCUGUCGCCCACUGGCGGGGGUCUGGAGGCUGGGCAGGCGGUUCCUCAGACCCAUCAGCCUUUAGAUCAGCAGCCCGCGGAGAACAGUAACACCCCCCGAGAUCCUGCAUCCACGCCCCCUGCCACGAGGAACGGGCCGGGAGGUUCGAAUGGGACGCCCGCUCAGCUGAAUGUGGGGACCCCGACCUCAGGUCCUAAGGGCCCCAGUCCAUUCGUGGUGCGCAGAGGUACAAAGAAACAGGCGCCGGCGCCUCCCAAACAGGCCGCCCCUUCCACACCUCAGAGCGUAAAAGUGGUUCCUAACCAGCCCACACCAAACCAGUCCUCAGCCCCGAGCACCCCUCAGCCUCUCACUGCAUCCCGUCGCAACAACCAGACCCCCAUCCAGGCCCCCAGCCACCCUCCUCCUCGACCUCCUUCCCAGAGCACAGAAGAAGCCGAACCGUCCCCUCCCAGGACGCCCACUCCUCCCGGGACACCUCCUUACGACAGCUCCCAGCCACGCCCCAGGCCCACCCCUCGAGCGCGGCCCAAACCCAGCGGCCCGCCCCCACCACAGCCAACUAGCGACGGUGCCGAUGGUGUCUGUGUUUCUGGAUCCAAGAUCAUCUCCGAUGGAGAUGGAGAGGAGAGAUCUUUGACGGGACUAGGGCUGGAUCUUGUCCCGGAGCUUGAGGAAGAUGAAACCACAGAAACACUCCCAGAAGAUGCAAACCAAUCAGAAAACACCGCCCUGUGAAGUGGGCGGAGUCCAGUCCUCACACAGCCAAUCGAAAGCUAUGUUCGUAAUGGAAUACUCGCAUACUUACCGCGUAGUUUAUUCUUACUGUUGUUUCUAAGGAUGUGAAAGUAUUCAAAAUAAAAAACAUUUUAAACAUGACCUCAGUUACCGUAUGAGUAAAUACAGGUAUUAAGCAUUCAGAUUUAAGUAAAAAAAUGUCUUUUAACUUUUAUGAGAUUGAUCAAAUGAUGAGUCAUCGCAGUUGCUUCUGGUUCAAACGUCACACUGGAAAUGGAAGGUCAAGUCGAUGCAUUGCAUUGUGGGAUAUGGUACCCAUCACAGUGUGCAAUUAUAGUAGGUAGGUCAUCUGGGUAUUAGAAGCAUACAGAAAAUGUGUAUGCCAUCAUGCAGUAGUAUACAUACUACAUUCAGCACAAGUAGUGAACGCAGUGUGAUAGUAUGCUAUCCUGAACAUAGCCAUUCACUUUAAACUCUGACCCCUGUAGAAGACAAUACAUUUACACAAAAUACAAAAAAAAAAAACUGUAAAACAUCAGGUGGUUCCUGGAGUCUCUCUGUCCUCACAAUGCUGGCACAUUGUAACCAUAUACCAGAAGAAAGAAAAAAAACUGUACGCACCUGUAAACGUGCUAUACAAGCUUGAUUUCAUUCACAAAUGGCAUAAAGCUGGUUUGGGUUCUAAUCAAAUAUGAAUGUCUUUAUGUUUUGUGAUGUUUUGCAUACAAGUGUUAUAUAUGUGUGCCUUG